AUGUGUUUCUGCGCUCUAUUAUUUGUUGCUACAAUGUACACAAACGAAAAUUAUGAUGAGCUUCCUUGCUGCUCUAGUUCGGAGAGAUGUGAUCAGUUGAAACAUGAAAAAGAAUUAUUAAUCGAAGAAAAUGCAAAGUUGUAUUGUCAUUUACAGUUGGCGGAGGAUGCCAUCGCAGAACACUCAAAAAAGCAAGAUCUUUUGAGUCAGAAGCUUAGCAGCCUUUCAGAAACUGCGGCGGAAAGAGAUGAGCUGUUGGAACGUUUGGACAAGGAAAUGAUAUAUAAAUAUACCUUGGAAAGGUUACUAGAGGAACAGAAGUGUCGCAUUGUACAGUUAGAAUCCAAGGCAGUGGUAUUAGAAGAUAAAGAGGCAAUGUUAAAUAACAAGCUAUUUAAGCUGAAGAAGCAACUAACAGAAAGAGAUGAACAUAUCAAAGAGCUAUUUCAUAUAAUUCAUGAUUAUGAGAACGUGUUAAAUAGAAAUCAAGAACAAGUAACUAAAAAGUCUCACGAAUUAUUUGUGGCAAAAUCUGAACUUUCUGAACUUCGUGCAAAAAUAAAUGAUAUUGAAGAAAACAUCAAUCUAAUGCAAAUAUGCAGUUCUAAAUUUGAUGAAUUUGAAAAUAUACAAUCUAUUUCAUUAUAUGAGGGGUCUAACUUGCCAAUGAAUGUUCCAGACAUUGAUCACAAUCAGUCGAAAAUUUCAGUAAUCCAGUCGCACAAUGAGAAGUCAUUGAUUCAAAUUCAGCCAACAACUGCAAAAAUCAAUCGGAAAAGCUUAGCUGACGAACUUUUUGAAAUGGAAGUUGAUCAAGAUGUUCAUUCUAUUUUAUUUAGAUAUGGUAUUCAGCUUAUUAAUAGUUGUGCAUAUUAUCGAAACUCAUUUACUUUUGAAAAUAAAACAGAAGAAUUCCUAAGAGAUCUGUCGAUUCGCCUUCAUACCUUCAAACUGGAAUUGAGAUGCAAAAGAAACUUGUUACGACACUACGAUUACUACUUACUGGAUUAUGAAAAAAUACACGAAGGAAAACGGUACUGGUCUGCAGAAGACAUAAAUGAUUUCAAGUGUGAAUUAGAGACAUAUUUCCACUUAAUCAUUAAACAAUGCAUGGAAAUUUCAGCAUUAACAGGAAUGCAUUUUCAAAAAGCACCAACACUUUGGACCGAUGUGCCAUCAAAUGUCGGAGCGCGAUUUCCAAUGACAUUCGUCAAUCGAUCUACUUUGGAAACGAGAUCAUCUUCAGCACAUGCUGUAUUUUUUUCAGGAAGGUUUGGAAAAAAAGGAAGAGAUGUUCGUAACGGGACAGUGAAACAUGAAAAAAAAGAUAUCGAUGAUUGGUCUUUGGUUCCAGUGAUUACCGAAAGAAUCCAGUUGACUAAAACCAACUACCUUAUUGCUAAUCAAGAAAACGAAACACUGCUGAAAUCAUUUCCUGCCUCAAUAGAACAACUUACAGAUAUAUUCGAAGCUGAUCAUAAGAUUUUACUGUGUGGUAUAAAUAUGGGGCAACUGAAGAAAACUCAUAUAGAAAUUUCACUAACUCGAGAGGUUCUAAAACUUAGAAAAAUAUCUGCCUUUUUGAAAUUAGGAAUAUGGAUAAAGCCAAUGAGCUUUCAGAAUCUAAAGCCUGGACUGAUCAGAUUGAAUUUUGGAGAAGAAAUAUAUAAUCUUCUUGAAUCCCGAAAUUCUUCAUUUACUUCAGAUAACACAUUUACCAAUGCAGUAUCUAGCUAUAUAUUGACACUGAACGAGAUUAUGUCCCAGGUCAGGUUCUCACCACUUUACGAUGAUCAUUCUCCACAUGAUAAAGGUGACUAUCUCCGACAAUUGCUUAAAUAUCUGGAGACACAAAUAUAUUUAUUCAUUCAAGAACUCACUCAGUAUCGAAUCCCAAAGCCCAUGGGAAACAGCCAAGAAAAUAUUCACGCUUCUCAAUAUCCCGAAUUUGGAAGAAGCCAAAUGCCUCCAAUUCUCAUAUUGUAA